UGUCGUGAAUGUCGCAUGGUCAGCGUCACUCAUCAGUCGGCAUUAGUUGACUACCGAUCCAGGCGGAUAAUGUAAAUAUAAUUUUCCGAAAGUCUCGCCUCCGUAAUAUGUCGAAUGAAUUCGUGCAUUCCGUUGCGGUCCCACGUAUUUACAAAAUCACGGCCGACAUCGUGCGUCGCGUGCGUGAGGAUGGUGCCAGUCUGAAAAGUCUCAUUUACGAAAAGAAGCAUCCCAACGUGGCCGGCAUACACGCUCUCUCGGUGAAUACUCUACGAGCGCUACCUCAGUUAGACUUGCUUCUCGACAAGACCGAAAUUCUAACGGAACAACCGCGUUUGAAUCCCUGGCUAGCCAGAGUUCUCAUAACGGAGCUUCUGUGGCGCAAGAGAUGCCUCAAGAGCCGCUCCAAGCCAGUCUUAACCGUUUUAGCUUACGAGAAGAGACUGCGAGAGGAAUCAAAGAACCUUGGCUGCAUAGAGACUCUCGCCGUUGACAAGGAGAAAGGGCAAAAGCCUAGAUAUGUCCGCAUCAAUACUCUUCUGUUAUCAGUGGAAAAGGCCAUCUCUCUCUUCCAGGAAGAUGGAUGGCAAUUACUACCCAAAAGUACAACAUAUUCUUCAUAUCUACAAUCCUUGUCGCAGUUAUCUAAACCGCAUUUUAUACAAGAUCUACAUAUACCUGAAAUGUUGGUUUUUCCGCCCUCAACACCCUUUCACAAACACAGCAGCUAUGAAAAUGGCGAGCUUAUUCUUCAAGAUAAGGCCAGCUGUUUGCCGGUACACUUGUUAGAUCCUGUUAGUGGUUCAGUAGUGCUGGACAUGUGCGCCGCACCCGGCAUGAAGGCUACGUAUGUGGCAGCAAAAUUGCAAAAUUACGGUCAAGUUUAUGCCGUGGAGAUUGAUGCCAAGAGAUUUGAAACCUUAUUGAGUCAGAUAAGAAAGACUCGUUCCUCCUGCGUGGAAGCCCUUAAUCAAGAUGCCCUGACUCUCGAUCCAAAGCAAUAUUCACACGUGGAAUACAUUCUAGUCGAUCCGACUUGUUCUGGGUCAGGCAUUGCCGACAGACCAAAACAGAGUGACGUGGAUGGAAAACCCGAAUUACAACGCUUACGCAAUCUACAAUCGUUCCAAGUUUAUCUUCUUAGAUACGCCAUGUUCAACUUUCCAAAUGUAAAAAGAAUCAUCUACAGCACUUGUUCUUUACAUCCCGAGGAAAAUGAGCAAGUAGUAGACGAAGUUCUCGCCGAUAUUGGUGGCGCUUAUCGUUUGGUACCAGUUGGACAAUUGCUUAAAAAUAACUGGACAAACUUUAGCUCGAAAAAAUACAACUGCGGGGAUACAUGCUUAUAUUCCAAGCCAGAUGAUGAUUAUUGCAAUGGUUUCUUCGUAGCGGUAUUCGACAGGAAUUUUGACGUGACUCUGCCAAAGUGCAAACAUAAAGGGGGCAACGAGUAUAGAAGUUGUUUCGAAGCUAACUUGAAUGUCGAGAAAGAUGAAACAGCUGCGUACAAGAACGGAGAGGAAGAGAAGAAGAAGAGGAGGAAGAGGAAAGAAGAAAUUUCAACGAAUGUCGAUGAACAAGGAAAGAUGUCUGUAAUUCCCGAAAUGACAAGUAAUUUUAAUGAUAGAUUGGCAUCAAAUGAAUCAGAAGGUGUGAAAGAGAAAAUGUUGAAAAAGAUGAAAGUGAAAAAAUCAAAGCGUAAAAAUACACUCGAGGUAGAAAUAAAUAAUGACAAGUCGAAAACUGAAUAUGACGAGGAAGAACAAAAUAAGAAAAUUGACAGUCAACCGUCGAAGAUAAAAGAGGAAAAGGUAAAUGAAGAAACUGUAAUUGUAAUAUCGAAGAAGAGAAAAAGAAAUAAAAAGAAUUGAAUGAAAAGGAAAUGU